UAGAAACGCUGCCAUCACCCUCUGAGUCGAACUUGUGCAUUACUCCAGACCGGUGCAUCGGGCGCGCUGUGCUGACAAUAAUGCCGGCAUCACAAACGCCGGAGCCAGGCAUUGAGCGAACUCUCCGGAGCACCGCGCGUAACCCUCGCAGAAGACAGCGACAGAGUGAUACUGACAGCAUCAAAGCCGCUCCAAGGCGGAAGCGAAGUAAGCUCAGCGAAAACAGCUUUGCUCCGCGUCCUUCAGUGGAAGGCGGCAAUGAGGAAGAUGGUACGGCACUCGAGACCGCAAUGAACGGGCACCCACGAGGUAGCGUGGGAAGGUCGACGAGAGAGGAGAGCAUGCCCGCGCUGGAUACCACAGAGCUACCGGUGCGCGGCGGGAAGAGAGUAGGUACUCUGAAGCACCGACCAUUGAAGGGAGAUGGCGCAACGACGCUGGCACAAAACAACUUUUACAGCGUGAAGCUCCUUCCAUCAACCCCCAAGGAGCUGCGAGAAGCCGGCUUGGAAUUUCACGGCAGCCUGUCUAACGCGACAAACGGACAACACCUAGCGCUGGCAGUGACGCGGACCAAAGCAUACGUCUGGGAUUACAGUGCACAUACCACUGUCGGCAAUGCGCGGGUCUUUGAUGUACCUUUCCCAGUACGCCAGAGCGAAGUCCUGCCACUUGGAGCUCUUGUCGUGGGAGGCGCAAGCACUGAGAUUGGCCUCCUUCUUGUGUCUGCGGCGAGCGGCAAGAUCGCGUUCUUCGAGUCCAUUGAGCGUGCAGCCUCUCUAAGCCUCUUCCAGGAGCGCCGGAGUUGCAUUGAAGGCUCCAUCACCGGCUUCUCGCUGAACGAGAGCGUGACUGCUAUGAUAAAUGCCGACCAUGCUGGAUUUAUACUGACUCUGUCUUCUGGUCGAGUCAUGCAACUCUGCCUUCGGGAUGGCCAUGGCAAAGCUCGGAUCUUUACACAACCCUUACACUCUGACGAUUCCAACGUAGGUAUACUCGGCAGCAUCAAGGGCUGGUAUUCAGGCGGGUCAAGGAGGAAGAUCACUGCCGUGCGAACAAGAGCCCUCGAUCCGCGGGGUCACAUGGAAGUGAUUGCUCUCACGGACAAGGGUGAAUUCUUAAGGUGGAACCUUGACUGGAGCGGGUGGCAUGAGUACAAUGGCACAGUAGACAUCAGAGAGCUCCUGCUACACGAGCUGAGUACGUUCGAAGUACCUGAAACCCAAGGAAGUGCAGACAGCGCAGUGGUCUUGGAUUUUGUUGUUGCCGACAAGCCCUACUCACGCGUAAGAGGCAACGAAGUCGCCAUCACAGGAGCUCAGCAGCCAUUGGACACACUCGUGCUUGUCAGGGCUGGCCCAAUAGAGAAGCGGAGCUACUACCUAAUGGAACUUGUUAUACUUGGCAACAGCGUAACACAUCGCCGGACAACCGCGCUGGAUACAUACCGAGCAGAGUCAAGCGCGCACAAGCCGAGACUGCUGUUGCCCAAGCCCGGACAUACCGCUUUCAUUAUCUUCGAUCGUGCCGUUGUGCUAGCGGCGACGGCGGAUGCUGCGUAUGGAGACGACCCCAACGCGCAGCUUCACGAGGCCUCGUACGUUCGCAUGAAACCGUUUGAGGAUGCAAUCAGCUUGCCAUCUGAUAAGGACUGCACGAUCAUGGACGCUGCGGCAGAAGAAGCGAAAGGUACCCACUGCUCCAGCAUGGUGUUUGUGAAGGGCGCUGGCUUGCUCAGGAUCUCGGCCACGGAUCCUGCAAUGGACGUCGAGCGGUCUGCACUCCCCGCCAAGACGAGGAUCGAGCAAGCAGUCUUCUACGGGGCAAUGCAAGACAACAUUCUGGACUUCUCCCUGAGAGAAGACGAGUCGUAUAGCCUUGGUGAGCUCGAAGAGGCUGCGCUUGCCAUUAGCGACGAGAUUCUGCGAUCGGACACGCCUUUCAUUGCAACGGCACCGGCUUCGAUUGAAGCGCAUCUAGACUAUCGCGCACGUGCGCUAACGGCGCUCAUCACAUUUAUGACGGUGUCAUGUUCUACGCUGUCAAUGUCUACAAGUUGGCAGCUGUUGUGGAAUGCGGAAAAGCUUGCGGCUGCGCAGCAAAUGUGGCUCGCAUUCGAGGAGCAUAAAGUGAGUCCUCGAGCGGACCAUAUGCAGAAGCGGGUUGCGACUGUAAUAGACGCAGUCUGCGAUAUUUUCAACGAGCAAAACGAGUCGGCAGUGCGCAACGAACUUCGAGAGCAUGACUUGGUACGGAGAUUCUUCAUCGGGUCGUUGGAUCAAGUUCCUUUCUUGCUAUCACGCUUGCGUAUGUUACUCGAACACCUCAGGCUCGGCGACGGUGAGCAUCCAGAAGAGACUUUGCGGCAUGCAGCAGAGGCAGAUGAUGUCUGGUUGCGGGCACUCGAAGCUGUCUAUACAUUUCGAUCUGAGCGGGCAUCGGCGUAUGGCAUUCAUGCGCGCUUGGUGGACGAAGGUGCACUCGACCCUGAGCACUACAAAGAUUUACCGGACUUCUGGACCUCCUCAAACGAUAUGCUCAAGGCCAGUCAACAGAUACCGAAACUCUCGAGGGAACUCGCCAAGAAUUUCUAUGAGAACCAUCUCGCGCCUGAGACCUCGAGCCACAUCCAGCAGCUCCGCCACUUGAACGCAGACCUCAUUGAGAUGAUGUGCCGCAUGUACCAAGAGCGCAUUACCUGGCUCUUAGCACAACCAUCGGUCGAACACCAGAGCCUGGCGCGGAGGCUGCAAGAAAACUAUGAUGCAGACCGUCACGAUCAGCUUCGCGCUCUGGCCAGCAUUGGCUGUGCGGAGCAGGGAAUGCGGCUAGCAGAGAAGUACCGGGACAUGCAAACGCUCACUGAAAUCGUUGUGGCAGAAAGCCAAUAUUACUGGUCUGAGCUACAAGGGAACAUCUCGCCCGAAGACCGCAGCACGUGCUUGCAGCUCAUCACACAAAUGACGGAGCGUAUUGGCCGGUACUUCGAAAAGUGCGGCGAUGCUUGGUCAAAUGCGUUCUUUGACGAGGCCUUCUCCAGCAGUCGCGCAGGCGAGAUGUUGGAAAAGGCGCAGGAGUACUGGGGAAACCCGCUGACGAAAUAUUUGCGUGCUGCACCCGGCCGCGCGAGGUUAUGCUGGAUCAACGACGUGACGACCGCGCGCGACCUCGCUCAUGCAGGCCUAGUGUUGACGAAUGCGGCUGACGAGGAGUCAAAGCUCUGGGCGAAGAAGGUGGAGCUUAGCAUGUCAAAGCUUGCGUUGUUGGCGGCGGAAGAGGAUCCGAACCCGGAUGCUGCAGUCAAGGAAGCUCUUACAAGCUCUCAGCAUUCAAUGGAGAUUAUCGAGUUGCAAGAGCGACUAUACCACCAUAUAAGAUCAGAGGCUUUCGGCGCUCUCGACCACGAAGCCGAGAUUGAUCUUGUCAUGAAAAGGUUCGCUACGCAGACUGCCACGUACCCAGCGCUUGAGCGCCUACUCCAGCUAGAGCUUGACCGCUUGAUGUCGCACGAAGUGCUUUCGAUCGACGAUCUUGUUGACGUCCUCACGCUCAUUGACCCGACCCUGUACGGCGAUGCCACAGAGCGAAAGAGCGCCAAUCUUGACGGGCAGGAGUACUUCUUCGCGCUUUCAGCGCUCGAUCGCGCAGCGCAGCACCUCAACCAAGCACGCUUCCAGAUGUUGCUUCAGCUCAUUUGGAAGCGAUGUUACAUCGCCGACGAGUGGGAUGUUAUCACGACCAGACAGACGCAGAAAGGUGGCACCGACAUCGACAUCCGCGGUGCUUUGAGCGCGACAACAGCCUACCGCACGUUCUACUAUCUGCACUCUUCCACGAAGCUGGUGCAACCUUCGACUCACGUUCGAGUUUUGCAGCCUUCAGAAUGUCUUGGCUCAGCUUGCAACCCCAACGACCUCGCACACCGCUGGUCAGACUCUACACUCUUGGACCAUAUAUUACGCGAUAAUAAGAUCCAAGACGAGGUGCUGCAAGGCUACGUUGUCGAUCGACAGCUCAACGAGUGGGCAACUGAUUGCGAGCGGUACGCAAAGGAAGCUGUCAACGAAGAGGCCGAAAUGCUUGCGGAAAGAAGAGAGAGGGAGCGGCAUAUCCAAGAAAGGCUCGAGCGUACGGAGAAGACAGAGACUAAUGGUCAAGGGAACGGUCACACGAACGGGGGCUUCGAAAGGUUCGGUGCGAUGAGCGACGUAGACGGAAACGUGGCGAUGGCGUGAGAGAGUUGGCAAGGGCGGUUCGCACGGUCUUCACACCGGUCCAGCAAUUUGUGUAAGCUCAAAAGACGCUCAAGCGUGGUGGCGCCGAACAUUGGGCGGUGGCGCAAGGGCUUUUACAUGCAGUGUGUACAUGUACGGAUCCGGAGUCAUACGGAUUCGGAAAAGCGGCAGAUGGCCCAGGUUCCUUCUGGGCUGUGGCGCUGAUAGCAAUAUGACAUACGCAAGCAACUUAUGAUGAAGCGUACAAUCCUUGUAUUCGCGACGCUGUUGAACAUACCCUCUUGGAUAUGCACAAUAGAGCAUCUGGUCCCGCCGGUCAAACGAGCAUGUAAGGCCCAAAUUAUUGAAAGAAGUGUGCACUAGAUGCUGCUCACGGAUACGAACGAUUAUAUACGGCUCAUCCGCACGGGCAAUUGUAUGUGAGGGUGCGCCGU